AUGGGGGACCAUGGGGCCCUAAAGCAGAGAUGGCACAACUGUGCCCACCAAGGUGAAAACCAUGCUGCACAGAGGAUGGACCGGGUGACAAGUCGAGAUCACCAGGUGGCCGAGUCCAGCUUCGAGGACCCAAACGCCACUGCUGGCUCCAGCACGCCAGCAAAUGACACCUACGAAUUGCGCAUUCUUGAGGAAAACAUGGUGGAAAGUGGAGUAGCCUGGUGGCAACUGUUUAUCAUCUCAGGGCAAGUAGAGGUGGACAGAGGGGUCUGGGGCACUCCUCGCCAGGAAUUCAGCAGGCUGGACCCUCCUCACUGCCUGGGGCCCAAUGCGCCGGCCCCCAGUGCCAGCCUCCCAGCAUCUGAGGGCACUGCCGUGCUGGGUCCAAGCCUCCAGUCCCCUGAUGGCCCUGCAGGGGCCCUGACACCCCAGCCUUCCUCCCCAUGCCCUGGCUGUGCAUCCCCAGAUGCUCCUGGCGUGUGCACGCGAGCACAGCCAGGUCCUGGGCACGUGGCCCGUUCUGCCAGUGACCCCACCUCAUGCGCAUCCUGCAAGGCAGUUUCCAUGUCAUGCUCUGCCAUGGCUGCCCAUCAGCACCAGCUUUCACCCCUCGGGGACCUGGAUACCUGGGAAAUGGACCAACAGCCAAAGCCAGAGGCCUUACAGAUGGUCUCCAAAGAGCUGCCACACUCUUCAGUGGACAGCAAGGCCUGUGCAGACCCCAGGGUUUUGGUGGCUAAGCUUUUGGAACAUUCACACUGUGCCCUCCCUGCCGAGGUGCGGCAUGUGGUGGGCACCGUCCGCUCGGCGGUCACCUCUGAGGAGCGCCCCGUGGAGGAGGCCGUCUUCGGUGCUGGCGUUCUAGACCAGGUGUGAAGGGCUGCAGGUCUAGACGUGGACACCGACAGGCCUGCCAGCACAGGCUGUUCUUCUGUUCUUGCCAGAAGCCACCAUGCUGGGCGGGGAGAGGCCUUCAGCCCCAGCAUGGAGAGGACAAACAGGGACACCCAGGAGUUUCUGGGAGUGGCGUGGGCGGGGAACUGUCAUUGCCUUUCUUGAGGUGGAUCCAAUCAGUUAUCUUCUGGGGGUUACAUUUCCUACCUAUUCCAGUAAUUCAGAAAGAUGACCCACAUGUGUCCAUAGUGAACUCUUCAGUUUUUUCUGGCGUGUGGCACCUUGAACUGGCCAGCAUCACAUGAAUACAAAUGCAGCAACAGGUGACACUCAUCUAACUGAAAGGCUUCAAAAUCAGGGCCAUCAGGAUUCUCCCCCAUCCCGAAUUUAGUGUUAAGUGGAUGAAGGAUGAGGUCAAGUGAUGAGACCAUCUUUUCAAGUGGUUCGUAUUGCUCUCAAAUCAAACUGUUACCAUAUUCUGACCUAUUUCCUUUAAAAGGAAUCAGGUCAUUUUAGCACAGAUGGCAGCUUGGGCCUACAGAACUACAGAGCUAGUGCGCAAACAGAUAUACAGUGAGGGACCCGGUGGUGGCCCGGCCACUGCUGGGAAGCAGGCAGGUGUUGCUGGGGGCCUUGAGGACCCACCACCAUCUCUCGGUCUCGCGGGCCUGCCCCCUCAGCCUCUUUCCAUGGGGUCCCUUCCCCACUUUCCUCCGGGUUCUCUCCCUCUGUGGUCUCUCUCCCUCAGCUAGAGCAGCCACAUUACAGUUUUUUGUCCCAUAACAAUGGGCAGCUGUUCUGAGACUCUUUGCAUCUGGCCUGCCCUGAUUGGCCUUGAUGGGUCAGGCCCUGGGGAGAGGCCCAUUUCUCUGGGACGUGCAUACCUCCUGAUAGAGCAGAGCUCUGAUGACCAGUGCCGUCCCUCCCCUAGCCAGGUGACAGCAGACACGCCUACACUGGAUGACACAGGUUGGAGGUCAUUUAUUUCUGUGAAAAUGCCCACCGUGUUGGUGAUGCAGAAGCAGGCAACCCAGCCUGGGUGCAGCAUGGGCACCUUUGGGCAGCUUGGGUGCUUUUGACUUUCUUGGAUCCUCAACUCAUCACUUUUUGGCAACAUGAGCGGCAGCUGCUUCCCAGCAGUGGCUGACGAGCAGUACUGUCCACGAGGACUUUCUACAGGGAUGUAAAUGCCUGUGUCUGGGCCGUCCAAAGCAGCAGCCACUAGCACACAGGGGUGUUGAGUCCCUGAACCGUGGCUAGUGGCCCCUGCAAGGCACAGAGCAGCCCAGAACCCGCAAGCCUCAUCAGAGAGCCCAUGGGCCUGGCGUGACCAGAAGGUGCCCACCACUGCUCAGUGCAGGGGGCAGACCAGAAGUUGCCCACCACCGCUCAGCGCCCAGCUCCUGGGGCUCCUGCCGCUCUCCCCUCCACUCUGUGUGGCUGGGCCUGUCCUUGAGCCCCUGCCCUCGUUCCUCAGCCCCCAACCCCACUGGAGCCAGCGUGCUGGGGCGCUUCUUGUGGUUGGAAACUGGGGAGGGGGUGAGGGGUGGGGUCCAGCCCAAGCAUCCAGAGCCUUCAUCCCAAAAUUGAGGUGUGGGAAUCUGCAGCAAUGGCAGCCAUGAGUGUGUCGACCACUUUACUAAUGUUACCAGUUGUUGCCUCCAAGUUAGCUGAGAAAAUAUAAAUCAGGCUUUUUGAUGACAACUUUAACCUUUCCACGAGAGACAUAAUAGAGAUGAGUUUAUGAGCACUUUAUUCAGACUAUAAAACAGGAAAUCUAUUCUCUAAUUUUUUUCAAGUGAGGGCUUUUGAAGUCCCAAAAAGCAAGUCUCUUUGCAGGUGAAGUUAACCAAUGGAUUUCCAGAAUGAACUCUCCAGCCUAUGAGCAAUGUGUCUCCCUGCCCCCCCCCCCCAUGCCUGGCAUCUCAGCUUGGCCAGCUGCAGGGAGUCUGCCUGCUUGGAGCGGGGAUCCACAUUUGGGCUUGGAGACUCACCCAGCCGUGUCCCUGGGCCAAGCCUUGGGUGGGCUAACCCUGCAUUCUCAGGCCUGGCUGUGGCUGGAGUGAGGCCAAGACCACCUCCCACCAAUCAACUCAACCCCUGGGGUAUUCUCAUCAUGCAGCCAGGGUGAGGGACCAACAGGCCACCCAGCAGGUGCUGUGUCCUCUGCCAUGGGGUCUUGUGCCCCAGGCUGAGCUGCCUCCCAGGCGCAGACUGAUGCUGUGCGGUUCACACACCGCUCACGCUCAGUUCUGUAUUUCCCCUCACAGCAACUUACUUUGUGGACAAGGAGAUUGUACCCGGCUUUAUGCCGCUGGGCUAGAACCUUCUGCCUCCUGGAAACAAGGCUGUCAGGCACGGGGGUGGGGUACAAUGCAGCCAAACAGGGUCCUCCGCCUGGGCUCAGGAGGGCCCAGGCUCCCAGCUUCCAGGAAAGCUCCCCAGAAGAGAGAAGUGCCAGGAGAGCCCCUGGAGAACACGCUGGCAUCUUGACUCAGCAGCUCUGAUCCCUUGGACCCCAGCUCAGCUGCACUAAGUACUGGGAGCUCCAGCAGUGGCACCUAUGCCCCCGGGCAUGUGAGCUCACGGCCAAGGGG